CCUUGUCACUUGAGUGGAUAGUUUAUGGUUUUUCAUUUUUGAGAUUGGCGCCUCUUGCGCUUCACCUUUUCGCCUCGCCUUCGCGUCGGCGGUCUCAUCAGUUCAGUUUAUCUUCAGCCUCAGGUCACCCUCUGAGAUCUGAGAUUUCAGUCCUUAAGUGACCUGAACUUUCAGGUUUAUAAACAUCACCUCGUUCGCGUGCUUGAACCAUCCUCCUUAUAUCCUUAUCUUGGCUGACAUCGCUGCCGCCAUGCCAUCAGAUCACAUAAAGUGUUCUACUUAAUUGAUUUCUUCUUGAUCAUGUCUUCGACGCCGCCAUCAUCCGCUGCGCCUGCGUCUCCUCGCACCGGCGAGGUGACGUUUGAUCUCUCACACGAAUCCGCGUCCCCUCACGCUAGCGAGGUUUCGGCCACUGAGGCCACUGUCUUCGCUGAGUCUGCCUUAGCUCACUCCGGCGAGGCUUCGACUCCUCGCUCCAGCCGCGUCGCUCGUUAUCGCCGCCCUUCUAUGGCAUUGGCUCAUGUUUGUUGCGCUUGUUAUGCUCAAUAUCUUCUCAACAGUAAUACCAUUCCUUAUAACAAGACAGCAAUACGCAAGUGCCGCCACUAUCAGUUGGGCCGAAAGCGUUGCCUGCCUAUAAGUCAUAUCUUUUCUUCAAGUGAUUGCUGCUGACAAGGGUAGAUUCCUUCGACUUGCGUGCCUCAGAUCAAUUCCUUGCUUGAGGACACAGCAAAAACGUCUUCUGAUGACGCCGCAGCCCAGGAGGCGCUUCGUGCGCGGCUCACCAGCCUGGUUGCUGAUAUUCAACAAACAAACCGUGUCUCCAAGCGUGCUUCUGGCAUGAGCACUCCUGUCAGCCGCGCCUCUGAGGCGUCAGUGCUCCUCCUGCAGGAGAUGCGGGCUUUAUAUGUAACUUGUAGCCGCUUCUUCGAUCAAUUCCUCAGGUUAUAUUAUAAGGCUAUAAGUUUCGUUCUUAUUGUGACUGGGUUAAGGUCGCUAACCUAAUGCAGCACUAGCUUGACCCUAUCGAGGAUUCAUCCGAGAGCAAAGGGGCCAUAGAAGGCGUUAUGGGAUAUUAACCGAAUUGCGAUGAUUCCGGCCUCUAGCCAUUGAUACCCUAUGGUAAUAGCAUCGAUAGUAAUGCAGCAUGUUUAACUCCUCG